AACACAAAUAAUCAUUACAUAUACAGUUGAUUCAUAUUAGGAGUAUAAUUUAAAUAGAUAAUGUGUUAAUUGUCAUUAUGAUGAUGAUGAUGAGCAAUCGAUUUUUAUAAAUAUUUAUUGUUGUUUUAAUUAUCGAUUAGCUUUGUUUUUUAUAUUAGUUAUACUGUAAUUUAUAUAUUUUUAAUUCAUAUAGAAAACAUUUAAACUCGCCGCUUUAAUUCUUGAACUGUUACAGUAGACGGAAUGUGUAAUUUUAUUUUUUUAAACUGGUAAAUUUAAAUACAAGUUUUUUUUAAAUAGUUAAAAGAAUAAACGGGUUUACCAUAUUUGUCGGGCAAUUACAUAACUUCCUGUAAUAUAACAAUGGAAAAAUCUUACGCAAUUGAAAGAUGAACUUGGAGAAGUUGUCGCCGAGAUGGAAGCUAUGGAAGGAGGUGGAUUCACUGUUGAAGAAUCAAAUAAGCCGUCAAAUAAAACAAAACAGACAUCAAUUGGACGUAAAAAGUUUAAUAUGGACCCAAAGAAGGGUAUCGAGUACCUGAUUGAGCAUAAUUUAUUAGCACCUACGCCUGAAGACGUCGCCCAAUUUCUUUAUAAAGGCGAGGGAUUAAAUAAAACAGCUAUCGGAGAUUAUUUGGGAGAAAGACAUGAUUUUAAUGAACGUGUAUUACGUGCAUUUGUUGAACUACACGAUUUUACGGAUCUCAUACUUGUCCAAGCACUCCGACAAUUUUUGUGGUCAUUCAGAUUACCCGGUGAAGCACAAAAAAUAGAUCGUAUGAUGGAGUGUUUUGCUCAGAGAUACUGUCAACUUAAUCCAAAUAUUUUUACAAAUACUGAUACAUGUUAUGUAUUGAGUUUCGCUAUUAUUAUGCUCAAUACUUCUUUGCAUAAUCCAAGUGUCAAAGACAAACCCAGUGUCGAACAAUUUAUUACGAUGAAUCGGGGAAUAAACAAUGGGGGAGAUUUACCACGUGAAUUACUUGUUAGUUUGUACGAAAGUAUAAAAACGGAGCCAUUUAAAAUACCCGAAGACGAUGGAAAUGAUUUAAUGCACACGUUUUUCAAUCCUGAUAAAGAAGGCUGGCUUUGGAAACAAGGCGGACGCUACAAGAGUUGGAAAAGAAGAUGGUUCAUUCUCAACGACAAUUGUCUUUAUUACUUUGAGUAUACUACUGAUAAAGAACCGCGUGGGAUUAUUCCAUUGGAAAAUAUUCAAGUUAGAGAAGUUCAAGAUAGACAUAAACCUCAUUGCUUUGAACUUUAUGCUGCAGGGUCCGAGUUUAUUAAAGCGUGUAAAACGGACAGCGAAGGAAAAGUUGUAGAAGGUAAGCAUACUGUGUAUAGAAUGUCUGCUGCAACAGAUGAAGAAAAAGACGAAUGGAUAAAAUGUGUAAGACAAAGUAUAUCACAUAAUCCAUUUUAUGAUAUGUUAGCUGCGCGAAAGAAGAAAGCGCAAAAAACAAAUCUUCACUCCAAGAGUUAAAACAAAUUAUAAAAUUAUGAUACUCCAAGAGUAUAAACAUUAAAUAAUGUAUAGUAAAGUACAAUUUACGGUCACACGAAUAUCCAAGAUCAGGUGAUUUAUGAUUACAAUCAUAAAAAAAAAUAAUAAUAAUUUUUCUAAUCAAACUUUCUUAGAUGUAUAUAACAAUUGUUUGGAAUUUGUUUGUUGUCUAUAAUAUGCGUUUAUUUUUUUUCGCAAAUAGUGUUGCUUAGUAUAUAUACAUAUAUUAUAUAUAUACACAUAAAUAUAUAUAAAUAUUUAUUUUGUAAAAGUCUGAAAUGUCUUCUGUAUAUCUUCGCUUGUGUAUGAAUAUUAUUUUUUAUCGGAAGAAAAAAAAACGUACAGUAAUAGUUGUCUAGAUUUAAAAAAAAUGAUGUGGGAUUUUACGUCGUGUAAACGUAAGUUUAUGUGAUAGUUUAUUUAUUAAAGCAGAUAUAUGUUUAGUUAAUUAAGAAAUCAAGUAUUUGUUUCGCCAUAUGAAAAUAUAAUAUCGAUUGUUUCGUUAUAUUAAAUAAUUAGGCUUGCAUCCUCAUGUAAUAAUAAUAAUUAUUAUCAUUAUAAUAUAAUGUAAGUAGAGCAAAACAGUCAAGCUCAUAUAAUAAAAAUAAAAUAAUGAGGUUUACAAGCAAUUUCAGUUAAUAACUGAUUUAUUUUGCUUCAGGGUUAUAUAUAUAUACAUACCGAGUACUAUUCGUUUUAAUAUAUGACGUAAAUGCUCGUUAUAAAUUAUGCUAAAAAAAAACUAAGUACAUGACACUAGAAUAUAUAUUUUAAAUUUAAUUAUUUGAUAUUUAUAUUUUAUUAAUUAAAAAUAAGAGAUUAUUGUGCGUGUUAAAUAUUGCACGCAGUACUGGCCAAGUUUAUUUAUAAAACUCAACGAAUUAAUUAUUAACAAAAUAUUUAUAAUAAUUAAAAUUAUCAAUUUUUUUUUUUUCGUAUGUGAAAAAAAAUAACACAUCGAAGAAGCCUUAUUAAAUAUUUAAAUGUUUAAAAUUUAAAAAAUGCAUAAAUAUUAAUUUUUUUCAUAGUUAAAUUUUAAAAUAUAAAUUAAUUUGCGUUGUAAUUACGCGUGUAGACAUAUAUUAUCGUCGGGUAUUAUAUAAUAAAGGAAAAAAAUAUUUAUGUAUUAUAAAUAUAUAUUAAACGAUGGAGGAAAAUGAUCUACGAAACGAAUUAUCGGUCAGUUCCACAGAAAAAAAAAACUAGUCGAACCGUCCAAGCAGCUCGUUUCUCUUCGUCGGAAUAAUAGUAAUGAUUUUUUUUUAUCCUGUGUAAAAAAAAUUCAUUCCAAAAACGUUCGUGACAGUAAA